AAAUGAAAACUAAAAGCUAGGUUCUUUUGGUCUGGUUGCAGAUUUUGGGCCAUGAUGAACGGUCCACGUACGACAUUCUUGUUCUCGUAGUAAAAAACCUCCGGGAAUAGUUUGAGGUAUUUUCCAAGUUUGAUCGGGUUGCAUUUUGAGGAACAUAACAGUAAAAAAUUGGCACUUUGAGAACCACAUUCCAUUUCAUCACAUCACAAUACAUAAGAUACGUCAAUAACUGCAACUGGAUACAUACAGUAUAAUAGCCAUUGCAUUGUGGUAUCUUCGAUUCGAUUUCAGUAAUAGGUGAGAAGUUGUUGGAUGGAGGUAAUUUUAAGGGAGAAAGAAGCAGAUGAUUGGAUUUACAGAGGCGAAGGAGCUGCUAAUCUUGUUCUUGCUUACAACGGAUCAUCCUCCUCAUUUGCGAAUUGGGAAAGUGAUGCGUAUCCGAAAGGCUCCAAGGAAUGAUACACCGACAGUGAUUGCAAGCAGCCCUUCUGCUUUGACUGCUCAUGAACGUUUGCUUUGGAAAGAUGUUGAUGAACUCAUUUCAUCUUCUGACCAUGAAAUUGCAAGCCAACUAUUUGUUCUCCAUGUUAUGAAGCCAUUGCUUGGUUCCGAAUAUGUUGAUGCUGGGAUGCAUGUCCAAGUCUCGACGGGAUUUCUUGAAUUGGUUGAAAAGAAUGUUAUUUGUCAACGUCCUGCUUGGAGAGUUGAUACUGCCCAGGUUGACAUGCAUUGUGACUAUGUGCUUCUCAUGUCAGAUCAUUCACUCUUUGCACAUGGUAAUCUUGGAUCUAGCCUCUGCAUAUCUGUUGAGAUAAAGCCCAAAUGCGGAUUUCUUCCUGUUUCAAACUUCAUAUCUGAAGAAACUUCUAUCAAAAAGAGUGUAACUCGCUUUGAAAUGCACCAAGCCUUGAAAUUGCAUCAAGGAGAGAUAUCGUUGCUAAGUGAGUAUAAUCCACUCGAUUUGUUCUCUGGAUCAAAGGAAAAAAUUCAUAAAGCUAUCAAGGAUCUAUUUACUACACCUCAAAACAAUUUCCGUGUCUUUAUGAAUGGGUCUCUCAUAUUUGGUGGAUUGGGAGGUGGCGCAGAAGAUACAAAUUUUUGUAUUGCAAAAGCCUUUGAAGUUGCACUUAAGUCUAUCAUUCAGUCUGAUGAUGGUUUAUGUACAGAGAACUUCCUCACUCUUGUUACUGAGGCCGCCCAUAAAUCAGGAGUCCUUGAUCGGCUCCUGGAGGUUCAGAAGCUUGAUAAUGUUGACAUAGAAGGAGCCAUCCAUGCAUAUUAUGAUAUUACUCAUCAACAGUGCAUGGUCUGUUCAGAGUUGAAUGAAGAUCAAAGGAAAAUAUAUACCCCUUUGCAUUCUGCUUCAUUGGAUGAAAGCUUGACAAUUGUAAAGGACUACCUGAUAGCAGCAACUGCAAAAGACUGCAGUCUGAUGAUAUGUUUUAGACCAAGUAAAGAGGAGGAAUCUGGAUCUGUAUGCAAUAAUGUAUAUCUUGAGUCAACUAAGCAAACAUUUGAUUUCAAGGUGUAUUUUAUUGACCUGGAUUUGAAGAGAAUGAGUAAAAUGGAAGAAUAUUAUGAAUUAGACAAGAAGAUAGUAAGCUGCUACAGUGAAAUGCUCAAAAUGGAUCAAGGAAGAAAUGAAGUCCCAAACUUGCAAGAAUCUUAAUUGCAUAUUGAGGUCUAAUAAACUCUGGUUAUCGAUGGCACUGGAGGAAGAUUGUGUCCGUAAGUACGUGAAAUUUGAUCAAUAGUUUAUCUAUUCCUUCUACUGUUGCCUCCCCAAACAUAUGACAGCUCAGAUCUGGUUUUUCCUUUGGUCAGCCUAGUUUGGCCGUGGCUUGACUGAUGAUGCAUCCUGUGCCAUACAAUGAGCUUACAAGCUGUUACAAGAGACUCUGGCAUCAGCAAACUGUGCUGUUCAAGAUGCAGGCAAAAGGCGACCAAAUUAUUUGCAGUUUUACAAAGGUGUGAAUAUUGGAGAUAAUCGGCAGAGAUGCUAUUCUUCAUAAUCCAAGAAAGAGAUACGAUGUUAUGAUAUGCUAUUACUGAAUAUGUCUGUUCCAUUAUAUAUACUCGGUGCCAUUUUGUACCAUUAUCCAUCUGUCAAGCAAAAAAAUGUAUAUGUUCUGCGAUAGUAUUUUUGUUUUAUUUAUUCUAAUGAUUUCAUGGAUCCAUUUAUAAGUUAAAAAUUGUGUGGAUAUUAUAUUAGUCAAUACCCAAACACAUUCAAAUGAAGAACUUUGUAUUGGAAA